ACAGAAGGGAGACACGCUUGCUGAACAUUUUGUCUUUCAUACAUAGUACCGUAUGGAAGGUGCUUUUUGGAAAGAUAGCCGACUCACUUGAGAAAGGUACUGAACAUGAAGAUGAAUAUAUGAUUAGUGAAAAGGAGCUUCUCGUCAACAGGUUUAUUUCAGUACCGAAAGACAUGGGGUCGUUCAACUGUGGUGCUUUUGUUGCUGGGAUAGUAAGGGGUGUUUUAGACAAUGCAGGAUUCCCGGCUGUUGUGACUUGUCAUUUUGUUCCGGUGGACGAUCAACAACGACCUCGAACAACUAUUUUGAUAAAGUUUGCUGAGGAGGUACUUCGAAGAGAAGCGAGGUUGGGAUGAUUUGUUGUUAUGUGUUUGUUGGCGCGCUUUGCAGCACUUAUAUACUUUAAAGAAUCAAAUUGUAACAAAGUUUAUCUAUCUACUAUUUGUAGCACCAAGAGUUACUAAUCUUCUUAACAUUCAUCUUAGCAAUUGUAUUGCCUUUUAAAUUCUCA